CUCCCACCCUUCCUUCCUUCUUCGAACUGUUCUUCUUGUAAAGUUCAAAGCAAAACCAAACCCAAACCGGUCAUGUUUUCUUUGACAUAAUUUCAAAUUUAAAGCACUGGAAAGGUGAUGACAGUUCUAUAAAUCUUCUUCUAUCUUUACGCCUCAUAGAACAAUGUUUUCAAGGAUAAGCGCUCUAGUGUCCCAUAGACAGUAUUUUUUUACCCAAAUACUUGCUAGAGGAUGUUCAACAAACUCUGGUGAAGGGAAAAUAAAAAGCAUUCUUCAACAGAAAUUCCCUAAAGCCAAAGUGAUUGAAGUAGUAGACAUAUCAGGUGGCUGUGGUGCAAUGUAUGAUAUCACUGUAGAAGCUCCAGAAUUAAAGGGCCUAAACAUUGUCAAGCAGCACAGGAUGGUCAAUGAGGCUUUGAAAGAAGAAAUUAAAGAUAUGCAUGGCUUAAGGAUCAAUACUUCAGUUCCUUCAUGACUUCCUUAUCAUGUAAUAUAAUUGCCAAAGAAAAUGAAUAACAUCCAUUUAAUCAGCUGCUGUAUAUCGGCACAUAUAUACAACAAAAAUGUCACAUGCACUCAGCAAGAAGCAAACAAGUCCACAAUACAGGAAAUGAACAACUCCACAGAAAAUGCUAACAAUAUUCAUGGAACAUCAGCUGUUUAUCACUGGAAAAUGUCACAAUGUUUACAAUGGAUUAGAUUUCAAUAUAAUAAAAAUUAAAAAAAAGAAAACACAAUA